AUGGACGACGAAGACGCCUUGCACGAACCCGACGCCCUCGAGAAGGUUGGCACCAUAUUCACCCUCCGCGGUUUCCUCAACAUUGGUGUCAUCAUUAUUCUCAUCCUUGCCCUCCUCACACUUUUCAUCGCAUAUCCCGUUAUCACCUACGUCAGGGACAUUAGCCGCAAUUUCAUCCUAGACGGCAGCAACAUUAACGUAAACGGUACUGAUGAAUCUCCUCCUCCCACCUUCCUCAUGCCUUCCCUCGUCGACACACAAACUCCUGACGACGCCAAGACACGCAUCGGCUCAGAUGGCGAAGACUAUGUCCUCGUCUUCUCCGACGAGUUCAAUACCGAUGGCCGCACCUUUUACCCCGGUGAUGACCCCUUCUGGGAAGCCGCCAACUUCUGGUACUGGGCGACUAACGACCAGGAAUGGUAUGACCCGCGUCAAAUUUCAACGAAGGACGGGUAUCUCCAUCUCCUCAUGGAGAACGUCGAGACGAAUGGCCUGCCAUAUAGGUCUGGGAUGCUCCAAAGUUGGAACAAAUUCUGCUUCACGAGCGGCUACAUCGAAGUCAGCCUCAGCUUACCUGGACCGAAUGAAGAUACUCAGGGAUACUGGCCCGGCGCUUGGACGAUGGGCAAUCUUGGCCGUCCAGGGUAUGGCGCGACAACAGACGGAACAUGGCCGUACUCGUACGACUCGUGCGAUGUCGGCACGUUCCCCAAUCAGACCCUCAAGGAUGGCUCCGGCCCUGCUGCGGCCCUCCAUACUGAUUUUGGCUCGACUAAGUACAACAAGGAGCUAUCGUGGCUGAGUGGACAGAAGCUUUCAUCUUGUACUUGUCCAGGAGAGGACCACCCUGGGCCCAGCGUAAGCAAGGGCCGGGGCGCUCCUGAGAUUGACAUUCUCGAGGCCGAGCGCAACAAGCACGGGACCGGUGGUGUUGUCUCACAAUCUGCACAAUUUGCGCCCUUCACACACGACUACGUCUACCUGAACGCGACAGAGGAUCAAUGGCACGUCUACAACGACACGAUCACGACCCCCAAUUCCUAUCACGGCUCCGCUGUGCAGCAGGCGGUGUCAGCUCUGACGCAGCUGCCGUCGGACAUAUUCACAGGCUCUGGACGCAACUUCGCGACGUUUGGCUUCGAGUAUUGGGCCAACCCGUCCAAGGUUGAAGAAGGGUUCAUCACUUGGUACCAGCAAGGUCAGCCGACAGUGCGAAUGGGUGCAUCCGCAAUGGGUGCAGACCAAGGGACAAACGGGAGUGGUGUCGGACAAAGACUUAUCCCCGAGGAACCUUUGUCGAUUGUCCUCAAUUUGGGACUAUCAUCAAACUGGCAGACUAUCGACUUGACGACGAUGGAGUUUCCUGCAGAGAUGCUGGUCGACUAUGUGCGCAUCUACCAGAGGAAAAACGCCCAAAACGUCGGCUGCAGUCCUCCAGAUUAUCCUACCGAGGACUAUAUCAAUAACCAUUGGGAGGCAUAUAGCAACGCGAACCUCACCAAGUGGACGUCAGGCAUAUCGGGUGCGAACUACACGUUCCCAAAAAACUCCCUGGUAUGUGCAGCUCACCUCUUUAUUGUCCUUUAA